AUGUCAUCUUGGUACUCGAGGAUCCUCACCAACACCACCUCUCAGAUUUCGAACCUGCAGAGUCGAUUGUUGCAGAGCGAAAAUGACGGCGAUACCGAAGACGAUACCCACGUCUGCAGAGUGCUGAGGGGCUACUACACCGAGAAAGGUCGACCCUUCCCAGGCUGGCUGCCGCCCGACCCAAAGGCACCGCCCCCAGUCACUCCGGUCUACGCUCAGCCAGCCCAGCAAGUCGGCUCGCGAUACGGAGGUCUACAACAGCCACAGCAACCCGGCCCUGCUACGGGCCUAAGUUCGCUCUGGGAUAAUAACGCGGCUGCUCAGCCUCGACAAGAUGCCAUGAGCCUGCGACAGGGCCGCGGGGCCCCGCCGCCAAUGCGAGGCGGAGAGCAGCCCACGAGACUGAGCCCAUUUGCACGCGCUGGCGACUCCGGGCGAGAAGAGGUGCAGGCUCGACCUCUGCCCAGCCAGCGUGCGGGCAGCUACCAACAGAGCGCGGCUUACGGAAGAGACACGACGAGCACACCGCCGGGCAGCUCAGCAGGCGGCUCGGCACAAGAUCGACUUAAGCAGCGACUCUGGGGAGGUGCGAGGACAACCAGUCCGGCUUCCGGGGCAGGGGGCCAAGGGCCGUUCCAACCACCGGCAGGCAGAGGAGGCGGCGGCGGCGGCGGCAGCGGCGACUACGAGGACCGGUUUGCUCCGGGAGGCAUGUACGAUGGAGGUAAUGCAGGCGGUGGGGGUGGUGGGCGGACAGGGCUGCCCAACGGGCCAAGGCGGCAAGGUCUCCCAAGCGGUCCUCGGAUGAGGUGA